AUGACAUCACGUUGCUUUUGCCGUUCCACUGCAGAGGGACCGUGGUACGAUUUUUCUGCUUAUACUGAGUGCAAACCAGAUCCUGAGCCUCCUCUUUACAAUGGAGGAAUCCUACAAACCGAGAAUGGGGAGAUUCCAAUGGCAGCAUACCAUACGACGGAGACAGGAGCUCAACUGCCGACGUUUGUACUGGGCAACCUCACCGAGACCACAAGAUAUAGCUUCUCAUGUUGGGUGCAAAUCCAAGGAACUGAUUCAGCUCUCGUGAGAGCAGGAUUAGCAACGGAUGAUUCGAAAUUUAGAUGCGUAGGAACAACAAUGGCAAAAAAUGGCUGCUGGUCUUUCCUCAAGGGUGGUUUCAUUCUCGAUGCGUCCUCCAAAACCUCACAACUUUUCCUUCAGAACACUGACAAUAAUGUCAAUGGGAUCAAGAUCUUGGUGGCAAGUGCUUCAUUGCAGCCAUUCUCAGUCGAGCAAUGGAAGAUGCAACAGCAAGACAACAUCAGAAAAGAAAGGAAGCGCGUGGUGAUCAUCCAAGUAUCAGACACGAAGGGAAAUCGAGUAAUUGGAGCAUCCGUCUCAGUGCAGCAGCUUGCAAAGGACUUCCCAUUAGGCUCUGCCAUAGCCAGUACCAUCCUAGGAAAUUCACCUUAUCAGGCUUGGUUUCUGAAGCGAUUCAAUGCGGCGGUCUUCGAGAACGAGCUUAAAUGGUACACGACAGAGCCCCAGCCAGGGAAGCUCAAUUACACUCUAGCUGACAAGAUGCUGGAGUUCGUCAGGGCCAACAAUGUUGUGGUCCGAGGCCACAACAUAUUCUGGGAGAACCCCACUGUUACCCCAGCUUGGGUUCGCAACCUCACCGGCGAUGACCUCCGAUCAGCUGUGAAGUCUCGCAUCCAGAGCUUGAUGUCCAGGUACAGGGGGAAGUUCGUUCAUUGGGACGUGAACAACGAGAUGCUCCACUUUAAUUUUUAUGAGCAACGGCUUGGACCCAAUGCUUCUUUGGAAUUCUUCGACACCGCCCAACAAGCAGACCCCCUUGCUACUCUGUUCAUGAAUGAAUUCAAUGUCCUGGAGACGUGUGCCGAUGCGAACUCAACAGUGGAUUCCUAUAUAUCAAGACUAAGGGAGCUAAAGGAAGGAGGAGUCGUAUUAGAAGGAAUUGGAUUGGAGGGGCAUUUCUUCACUCACCCAAACCUGCCUCUGAUGAGAGCCGUGCUGGAUAAGUUGGCUACUUUAGAGCUUCCCAUUUGGUUAACAGAGGUCGACAUAAAUCACAUGUUUGAUCAUCAAACACAGGCUAUAUAUCUUGAGGAGGUGCUGAGAGAAGGAUUUUCCUACCCAUCUGUGAAUGGAAUAAUGUUAUGGACAGCACUGCAUCCAUAUGGGUGCUACGAAAUGUGCCUUACGGACGGAGAUUUCCACAACCUACCUUCUGGAGACGUUGUGGACAGGCUCUUACAGGAAUGGGAAACAAAAGAAACGGGAGGGGCGACGGAUGACCAUGGUUUGUAUAGCUUCAGUGGAUUUUUGGGGGAGUACAAGGUCUCCGUGAGUUAUGCGAACAAAUCGACGGAGACGACAUUUUCCUUGGAUAAAGGGGAUGAGACGAGGCAUUUGAACAUUCAGCUUUGAGCAUUAUUUCCCCUUGGCAACUAAUGAUGAUGGAUAUGGUGAUUUAGUUGAUUCAAAUGGCGUAUGUAAGGCAUCGUUUCCUAUGCAUUACCAGUGUCCUCGUACUCACAUUUUCAAGUCAUAUGAGGAUAAUGAAAAGCCGUAGGCAAAUUUGCUGCACAAUGCUGGACCUAAUAAACUUU